GAAGCCAAAUGUGCAAGAUGUGGGAUUGUGGGACGUUGGCCGGGGUCCAGGAAUUCGCAGAAUGCCUCGGCGCCGUCUUGCAUCAGCCGGCAGAAGUUCGCACUCGGCGGGGAAGAGAAAUCUGCGGCCCCACUCUGGCGCGUCUUGGGCUGCUGCUCUGGGGCUGAAGUAACCUGCCAUGAUGAUCUCCCCUCCCAGGAUGCCUCUCCUGCUGCUGUUGCUCCACAUCCCAAGUGCUGCCAAAGCUCAGGUUAAUCCAGCUGUGUGCCGUUAUCCUCUGGGAAUGUCAGGUGGCCACAUCCCAGACGAAGACAUCUCCGCCUCCAGCCAGUGGUCUGAAUCCACAGCAGCCAAGUAUGGAAGGCUUGAUUCAGAAGAGGGCGAUGGGGCUUGGUGUCCGGAGAUCCCCGUUGAGCCAGAUGACCUCAAGGAGUUCCUUCAGAUUGACCUGCACGCCCUGCACUUUAUCACCCUGGUGGGGACCCAGGGGCGACACGCUGGUGGCCACGGCAAUGAGUUUGCACCAAUGUACAAGAUCAAUUAUAGCCGGGAUGGCACCCGGUGGAUUUCCUGGAGGAACCGGCAUGGGAAGCAAGUGCUGGAUGGAAACACCAACCCUUAUGACAUUGUCCUCAAGGACCUGGAGCCUCCCAUCAUAGCUCGCUUCAUACGCUUCAUUCCCAUCACCGAUCACUCCAUGAAUGUCUGCCUGCGAGUGGAGCUCUAUGGCUGCACGUGGCUAGAUGGGCUGGUUUCCUACAAUGCGCCUGCUGGACAGCAGUUCGUCCUUCCCAGCGGCACAGUCAUUUACCUCAACGAUUCUGUGUAUGACGGCGCUUUUGGCUACAGCAUGACUGAGGGACUGGGCCAGCUGACGGACGGUGUUUCUGGCCUGGAUGACUUCACACAGACCCAUGAGUACCACAUGUGGCCGGGCUAUGACUACGUGGGGUGGCGCAAUGAGAGCGCUGCUGGGGGCUACAUUGAAAUCACGUUUGAAUUUGAUCGGAUCAGAAACUUCACCACCAUGAAGGUGCACUGCAACAACAUGUUUUCCAAGGGGGUGAAGAUCUUCAAGGAAGUUCAGUGCUAUUUCCGCUCCGAUGCCAAUGAGUGGGAGCCCAACACCAUCUCCUCGGUGCUGGUGCUGGAUGACGUCAACCCCAGUGCGCGGUUCGUCACUGUGCCCUUGCUUCAUCGCAUGGCCAGCGCCAUCAAGUGCCAGUAUUACUUUGCCGACACCUGGAUGAUGUUCAGUGAGAUCACAUUCCAGUCAGAUGCAGCCAUGUACAACAACUCCGGAGCCCCUCCUGAGUCGCCCGUAGCACCCACCACUUACGGUAUGUGCGAUGCAGUACGUGGACACUCUGUGUGCUCAAGAGCCUGGUCCCCAUCAGGUCUGCAGAGGUGGCACAUUCCUGCAAAUCCAACCCUCAAAGUGGAUGACAGCAACACACGCAUCCUGAUUGGCUGCCUGGUUGCAAUCAUCUUCAUCCUGGUGGCCAUCAUUGUCAUCAUCCUGUGGAGGCAGUUCUGGCAGAAGAUGCUGGAGAAGGCUUCUCGUCGGAUGCUGGAUGACGAAAUGACCGUCAGCCUCUCCCUGCCUAGCGAAUCCAGCAUGUUCAACCACAACCACUCCUCCUCAUUCAGCGAGCAGGAGUCCAACUCCACCUAUGACCGCAUCUUCCCCCUGGGCCCAGACUACCAGGAGCCCUCGCGGUUGAUCCGCAAACUGCCAGAGUUUGCCCCAGGAGAUGAAGAGGCAGGCUGCAGUGGAGUCAUCAAACCCGCCCAGUCAAGUGGCCCCGAGGGAGUCCCCCAUUAUGCAGAGGCUGACAUUGUGAAUCUGCAAGGUGUGACAGGCAGCAACACCUACUCUGUGCCUGCCAUCACUAUGGACCUGCUCUCGGGCAAGGAUGUGGCUGUGGAAGAGUUCCCUAGGAAACUGCUAACCUUCAAGGAGAAGCUUGGAGAAGGCCAGUUUGGGGAGGUUCAUCUCUGUGAAGUGGAGGGAAUGGAAAAGUUCAUGGACAAAGAUUUUGCUUUGGAUGUCAGCUCCAACCAACCUGUCCUGGUGGCUGUGAAAAUGCUGCGAGCAGAUGCCAACAAGAAUGCCAGGAAUGACUUUUUGAAGGAGAUUAAGAUCAUGUCACGGCUCAAGGACCCCAAUAUCAUCCGUCUGCUGGCAGUGUGCAUCACCGACGAUCCUCUCUGCAUGAUUACUGAGUACAUGGAGAACGGCGACCUCAAUCAGUUCCUAUCCCGCCACGAGCCCCAGCUCCCCCCUGCCAGCAAUGGACCCAUUGUCAGCUACACUGACCUGAGGUUCAUGGCCACUCAGAUUGCCUCUGGCAUGAAGUACCUGUCCUCUCUGAAUUUUGUGCAUCGGGACCUGGCCACACGCAACUGCUUGGUGGGUAAGAACUACACCAUCAAGAUAGCAGACUUCGGCAUGAGCAGGAACCUGUACAGUGGAGACUAUUACCGAAUCCAGGGGCGGGCCGUGCUCCCUAUUCGCUGGAUGUCCUGGGAGAGUAUUUUAUUGGGAAAAUUCACUACAGCCAGUGAUGUCUGGGCUUUUGGGGUGACACUAUGGGAGACCUUCACUUUUUGCCGAGAGCAACCGUAUUCCCAGCUGUCAGAUGAACAGGUCAUUGAGAAUACCGGAGAAUUCUUCAGGGAUCAGGGGCGGCAGACAUACCUUCCCCAACCUGCUCUCUGCCCUGAUCCUGUCUACAAGCUAAUGCUCAGCUGCUGGAGACGAGACACGAAAGAUCGCCCCUCCUUCCAGGAAAUUCACCGCCUCCUCCAACCAUCAGCCAGCGAAGAGUGACACUUUGCUUCCCUCACACGUCCUGCUCCUCCUCCCCCCCCCCCAGAAGACCCACCUGUAAAAACUGAAGCCACUUCACCUGGACUCACAACAAAACCUGGGCAGUGGGGCUUCUUCUACUGCACAUUAAAAAACCACCAUAAGCGGAGAAAAAAGUGAGAAGGAACCAAGCCUAAAUCAGACCAAAUCCAUAGCUCAUAUGAUAAGCUAACUCUGGAAUGACAAAGGAUGAACAAGGGUUAUUGAUAGAUGUGGCAUGUUCCUGUUUAUCAGUGGAUUCAGUCAAAGAGGAUUCUGUUUUCCCAUUUUGGAAGGGGAAAAGUAAGGUCCAUGUUCUCCAUGAGGAGGCUCCUCGUGCAGGGAGCGUGUGCUGGAAAUGCAUCUGUGGAUGGGAGCACACACCAGGAAAGUGCCUGGUAAAGGGAGGGUAUUUGGGGGAUGUGCCUAGUGCAGGGAAUGCAGGUAAGGAACACAGUGAUGCAGGAGUUGCCACUAAAGCAGAGUGGGUUGUGCAAUUACAAAGUGAAAACUGAACCGGUCUGGACACUUUUAGGCUUCAGACAGGCUCAACGGAUUUAGCAUUUGCCUGGUUUGGAUUCCUCCCAUCCUUGUUUGGUUACAGCCCGUUAGACAGGGGAAAGCCCAAACACAUUGUGUAGUACAAUGUGCCAGCUGCUGGGCUGGAAUGUGCAUUCUGCUGUAGGUGAACAUUCCCACUGCAAUGGGGGCAUUGCUUUCUGAGGAGCAUAUGGUUUACUGCAUCUGCUGCAGGACUAAUGAGGAAUGACAAGCCACCCAUCUAGAGGACAGCAGAGGUGCCCUCUUCUGACCCAGGCACGGCCUCUUGAGAGGACCUCAUGUCCCUGAGAAAUGCAUUCUGCAUCUGCUGUUCAUGCUAUCAGGGUAGGGAAAUCCUACAGCUACCAGAUUUGUGGGGUAGGUGCUAGCUCUGCAUUUCCUGAGAAUCAGGGUGAGAGACGUUUUAGAACAAACAUUUCAUUUCAAAGGUUAAAUGGCCAUAAUCGCCCAGUUCCCUACCCAUGUAUGCCCCCCCCCCCCUUGAGGUUUAAUAAGUAAAGGAACAGGAUGUUGCACUGCUCUGGACAUCCGCCAGCACCCACCACUGCCUGCAGUAACCUUGAGUACCAUGAUAAUAUUGUUUGUUGUGAAUACAAUGCCUGGAGUUACCACUAAUGAUAGCUCCUCUCCUACCCACCCCAUCUUGACACAGAAGCUCCCUUGGCAUGGCAUGUUCUAUUCUAGGGCUUUGUCUGACUCCCAGCUGUGGUCUGGAAGGAUUUCGAGCCGAAAGUACUUGGGACCAAUCUAGCCAUGGUUGGAGCUUCUAUGAGAAUGAAUGUGCUCCCCUGGCAUCCCCCAGAUUUGGUUGCUGCAUGAAUGAUUGGGGUCGCGUCCCUACUGGCGCUGUUUGCUCUGUCAGUUUCCAGUCAAUGUACACAAAGGGGCUUGCUGAUGCAAUGGGUGUGAAAGUGAAACCCUUAGAGUAUGGAAUACACCUCUGUUUCCUACAAGGAUGCCUGUUAUUUGCAUACACACCAGCCCUUGAAAUUCAACAGAGAACACAGUUGGUCUGAUACGCUCAUACUGAGAUGCCCAAACCUGUAGCACUGUUUCCAGUAUACUAUAACCUAGCAUGGAUAGGGCAUGCGUAUAUGGGUGCUGUGCCUAUGCUAAGUGACCAUUGCAGGGACAUGGGCUGUGUGAAAUAGUUGUCUGCCUCACUUGUCCUGACAGCAGCUGGUAUGUCAACACAGCAGCUCUAUUUGCAUCAGAACCAUCUUGGCUAUCACCACCCAGAAAGAUUUGCAAUUGCAGUUGUACCAAUUGCCAAGGUGUCUAGAAUGACUCUCAAAUAUGGGUGCUAACCUCCGGGCAGUCUGUUAAGAAACAAGGCAGGAACUCCAAACUCCUUGUAUGUUCUGUACUUAGAUUUCAUCAACCAAAUAACAAGUGUGAACUCCUAAACCAUUGUAACAGCCUUAACUUGGAGUCAUAGACAGUCCCCUCAGGCGCUCAGGGCUGUCUUGUCACCCAGGCAAGCCUGCCUCUGUGAUAGAUGAUCCCUUACACCAAAAAUCACAGCAAUAUUCAGGUUACUCCCAGUCCCAAAGUACCAGUCACUUACCCCAGGUCAAGUGCACCCUAGAUUUCUCACUAAUGAUAAUGUUUGUAGCCAAUCCUGUAAUAAACUGUCUAAAGGUUUA